AUGAUCUCCCUGCAAACCACGCGCGAGCAGCUCGCAGUGGAGUCAACUCGCUACUCGGUGUCGGACGUGCCUUUCCCGGCAGUGGCGGUGUGCGACUCCACAGCCGUGUAUGGACCGAACACUGUCAACAUCACGAACAUAUUCAAACGUCGUGGCUUCAGCAAUGACGAAAUCAAAGCCUUUUACGAAAGCAUAGAUGGCGUGAAACUUGCCUCAUAUGUACCGGAAGAUCAGAUUAUCAAGAUGCAUGGACUCUUAGAGAGCAUGGGAUAUGCUUACUCAAGGCUGCUUGAAACGUUGCGAAAGCCAUGCGAUGUGCUCCUAAUGGAAUGCAUUUGGCGGUCACGGAGCUACAACUGCAGCCACAUGUUCAGAGAGGUGCAGACGUACCACGGAUUUUGCUGCCAGUUCGACAUCCCCUACUUUAGGAGCAAUGUCAAAGAUGUGGCCUACGCAUCGGGCAUCGAAACCACUGAAGGGCUCAUGGUGAAGAUCAACACUGACUAUAUAUGCCCCACUGGCGCUGUAUCAAGCGGCAGUGCACUGCUCUACCUCUUCGACCACAAGGACAGCAUCACCAUUCUGGACAGCUCCAUCACUCUCUCGGCGUCCACAUUCUACGACGUCAACGUGGAGGUGUGGGCGAUCGACAGUUCCGACAAUGUGAAGGAUCUGCCUAUUGGUAGCAGGAAGUGCUUGUUGAACAACGUGAGUUAA